AUGCCACAGACGGACGGCAUUUGGCACGAGAUUCUCAAGAUUAACAACGUGAAGCAAGAGCUCUUCAUGGACCGGGUCCUACUCCUACACAGGGUCGCCCUGAAAAAGCGGGCGGGCAAAGCCUCCAAUGUGAGGCUGAGUUUGGCAAAGUGGGACGCGGAAACGAACAUCAUGGCGGCUCUGGGACAUGUGCUCCAGGAGAUGGGCAACCAGCCAAGCAUGUUCUCCCCAGAGCAUCUCAAGGCGGCACGGGCCAAGGUCUUGGAGGGGGACUACCACGACGAUAUGCAAGCACACAUUGAUGGCAGCCACUUCAAUUGGAGCCCCUCCCACACGCAGCUCUGGAGCGAUCACUUGGCCCCCACGAACGAUGCCGCAGUGAUGGAUGCUGCUGCGGCCCGGCUGAACAGCAUGGCCGAUGAUGCUUCCAGAAUCGCUUUCGAGCAAGACCAGCUCAAGCUGGCCACCGACAUCGCCAACAUCGGCAGGAUGCUGGACGCUUACAACAAGUCGGACCGCGCACGGCACCUGGCAAAGUUCAUGGCAAAGAGCACGGUCGACGAGGCGCCGUGCGUGCUCCUGUUGGACUUCACGAAGAACGGUCGCUUGAGUGCGAAAGACUUAGACCGUGACAUUGGCAUGGUCAAGAAGUUUCUAUCCGCAAAGCCCCUGAUGACAAUGGCUGUGGUGGUCGCCCCGUUCUUGGAGUCGGCGAGACUCGGACAGCGGGCCGAAUUGAGGCGCAUCGAAGACAAAGCUGAUGCGAAGAUGCUCUACUCGCAAAGCAUCACGUUCCGCAUGGAGAGCCCGCCCUCAAACAAAAGCGUCCCCAUCAUCUUCCCAGCUUGGGUCAUGAUGGAUGCGAACGAGCCGGAGAAGAACUUCUUUUGGCGCUGCUCACUGUUGGUGGACAGGGGAAAUCGAUCGAACAUUCCCUUCGAGCCCGAGCGCAACUACAUCAUCCCGGUGGCCAUCAAAGACUCCGUGCCCUCGGCAUCUGAAGGUUCGAGGGCCAUGUCAGAUGUGCAGGAGGCCGCACAGAUCCUGUGCGGUGCAGCCUUCCCGGAAGCCAUCCUGGCGGGUUGUUUUGCCAACAUGCCCAGCAGGACAAUGUUCAGGACGGUGCACCUCUCCCCGUAUGAUGCCCAUUGGGAGAAGACAGUGGCUAAGUACCAUCUUGAAGAGCAGAGGCCACGAAUUUGCUCCCUGUCCCUCACGAAUGACAUGGAUAUCGCUCAGUAUUGCGAGCAAAUCUUGGCUCUGGACAUUCUGCAGGCCUGGAAGCAGAACGCGAGCACCCAGCUCCUGGCAGAGGAGACCGGCUUCAGGCGCUACGAGAGCGAGGUCUCCGGCAUGCCGGCCAGCCCAGAUCCCCGUGACUAUGGUUUCAAGCUUGUGGAGGUUACGGCUGAUGACUCCCAAAGGGGUGUGGGUCGCUACAGGUUCAGCUUGUCCCCGACCGUCCGGGCACAGUACAAUGCAGAUGUUGUGCAUCGCAUGCAGUGGCAGGGGCUCAUGGAAGCUUUCGACAAGCAGUUUGCCCGGCACAUGCAGACCCAGGCCGCGGACGCACCGGGACCAAUCAGCACCCGGAACCCGGAGGUGGCUGAUGGCUCAUUGGCCUGGGAUGGUGAGCCAUCCACUUUGGAUGAUCUCACCGGCAGGUAUGAGAUUGAGCACAAGAUUCCAGCAAGAACCGCAGGCGCAAGUCUGUUCAUUUGCAAGAGCACCGAGCGAGAUGGCCAACAGACUGAUGUGUGCGAUGCACAAAAGUUCAAAGUCUUCCUUGCUGCUCGAUAA